GCCGACCCCCGAGGGCCGCCGGGAGGCGCCCCGGGGCGCCGCCCUGCGGCGCAGCCGAGGCCAGGUGUUGGGCAGCUGGCGCUGGCGCUGCCCCGCCCGCGGCGUGGCGCCGCCGCACCUGGACAAAGCGUCCAUCAUGCGGCUGACCAUCAGCUACCUGCGCGUGCAGCGCCUGCUGGCCGCGGGUCAGUGGGAGCGCGUGGGCGGCGGCGGCCAGGCUGUGGACGGCUGCUACCUGCAGGCUGGCGGCUUCGUGAUGGUGCUGAGCAGGGGCGGGGACAUGAUUUACCUGUCCGAGAACGUCAGCCGCCUGCUGGGGCUCAGCCAGCUGGAGCUGAUCGGGCACAGCGUGUUCGACUUCCUCGUGCACCCCUGCGACCACGAGGAGCUGCACGACGUGCUGGGCCCGCGGCAGGUGCUGCACUGCGCGGGGCACACAUCUUGGACGUCUGCCUUGGGGGGGCGGGGGACCCCCCCUGCGGUGCCUGGUGUGCUGAUCUCGAGGCCAUCAGCUUUUGGGGGCCAUCGCCCGCUGGGCUCGGGCACCGUGCUCACCCGCCACUCCAUGGACAUGAAAUUCACCUACUGCGACGAUAG